AUGGGUUUUCUCACCCCCCGGUGCGGCUCAAUCUCGACAAUAGUCGCGACGGCAGUAGCCACUUGCUUGCCUUAUGGGGUUUUGGCUCAGUCGUCCGACCCGGGGCCUGGAUUUCAGGUCCAGAUUUCUAUUGCGGAUGGACUGCUCAACGGCACUGUGGAUGGGCGCGUUGUGCUCAUGUUCGCACCAAGUGGUGUAGCCCCUCUGGACGACACCGAGGUCGACUCAAGCCCAAAUCUGUUCUUCGGCAUGAAUGUGUUUGAUGUUGCAAGCUUGGAUACAGUCACGCUUUCUGGCGGGAGUGGAGAGCACACCAUGACUGGUGUAUGGGGGUAUCCGAAUGUGAGCCUGAACGAUGUUGCACCGGGCGACUACUCUGUUCAAGCCUUCUUGAACAAAUACGAGACUGUCACUCGUAGCGAUGGGUCUACGGUCAGCGUCCACUUCCCUUGUGGUGAUGGUGCACCGAAUGUCGACACCUUCGGGAGUCUCAUAACAUCAGUCGUCAACAUCACUGUUGAAGGCGGGCCCCAGACAAUUCAGCUCGACUUCGACGACAUUGAACCAGUUGAAGACUUCACUGGUACCGAGAUUGGUGGAUGUGCGCAAGGAAACUACGAAGACACCCCCACGUUCAAGUACGUGAAGAUUCGCAGCGAGGCUCUCAGCACCUUCUGGGGCCGUGAUAUGUACGUUGGUGCGAACAUUCUACUGCCAUACGGAUAUGACGCCGACGACAAAGACACACGCUACCCUGUCAUCUACUCGCAGGGGCAUUGGCCUGGAAAUAGGACAAGUUUUGGCUAUCCAACGGCAAAUUUCUCAGCAGAAUGGGACAAUGGAACCAUCGUGGGUAAGGACGGCGAACCUGACAGGCCAACCCCCAAGCUGAUCUUGGUGACCAUUCGCCACGAAUCUCCGUUCUAUGACGACUCGUAUGGGGUGAACACGGCCAAUAUAGGCCCGUAUGGCGACGCGAUCAACGACGAGCUGAUCCCAUAUAUCGAAGAGACGUUCAACACCAUUCCUGAGCCCUACGCGCGGGUCCAGAUUGGCGGGUCGACCGGCGGUUGGAUCUCAGCUGCAACUGUCAUUUUCAGACCGGACUUGUUUGGUGUCUGUUUCAGCUCGUAUCCGGACUCUCUCGACUUCCACAGGCAUCAAGAUAUCCCCUUAUACGGCUCAGCAAAUGCAUAUGUACGCGAAAAUGGCAGUUCAAUACCCUCGAUCCGUGAUUUUGAAAACGGAACUGAGGUCGUUCUGGCAACUGUGGCGCAGGAAAACCAUUGGGAACUCACAUUCGGCACAUCGACACGCUCUUCUCUGCAGUGGGACGUCUGGAACGCCGUAUUCGGUGUCCAGGGACUGAACGGGUACCCUCUCGAGCCAUGGAAUAAAGUCACAGGAGAGAUCUACCCUGAGGCUGUCGAGUAUUGGAAGCACAUGGACCUGGCCAACUAUAUAGUCAGCAACUGGGACAACGAGCGCAAUCUCGGGGAGACGCUACGAGGAAGGAUCUUCAUCUACGUCGGCACGUGGGACAAUUACUACCUCAACGAGGGUGUGGUGGAGUUUCAAAAGCGUGUUGACGCCGUCGGAGGCCCGGGUUGGGCCAAUGUAACGAUCUUGCCCGAGGAACCUCAUGGCGGGAAUUACCAGCGGCGUGAAACUUGGAAUUUUCUGGAACUUGUCAACGCUUGGGUCCAGGAUCACUCGCCCACAGGGAGAACGCCGCUUUUGAGUAACGUCACAUCGCCGUCCUCGAGAGGAAACACGUUUGCAGAGGUAAUGUCUUACGGUGGACACCAGGCUGCUCUUGCGCGUCAGGCUCCUCCUUCUCUUGAGAAGGGAAACUGCACGAAAGCAGGAUGUGUCUUCGAAGCGAGCGUCGGACUCUGGGAUCCUGGCAUGAUUCUCGAAGCACAGUGGGUGGUGAAUGGGAAACCGAGCUGUGAGCCCUUCAGUGUGAAGCAGGGCGAGGUGCUUGCGUACACGCCUGAGGCUGGAAGCAAAUGGUCAUUCGUCCAGCUCUCGGUGACUGGGCGUAAAAUGGGCUAUGUUGACGAGACAAGGCUGAGUAACGGUGUCAAGAUACGUUGA